CGCGCGCCGCGGCUUAUCGGAGGCUUUGCUGGGCACCGCAAUGAACGCUAUCAGCACCCCCUGCGGUUCUUAUUCACGUUCCGGUUCCUCUAAUCUCUUGGACGACUGGACGAACCCCCACGAGUAUCUUCCGUUCUGCCAACGUUGACGAUCCGCCACCCUCCCCUGCGACGCAGAGAGCUCCGGUCGCUGGCCCACGCGCGCUGUCACGCUAGAAUCAGGGAAUUGCGUGAUACGGUAGCUACGGAAGACGCAAGGUCGCGUGUCGUGGAGGCUUCGGCAGCAGGUGUUGGGGAUUAGUAGUAGCGAACAGCCAUGUCGAUAUCAGGGGACUUCAUGGCAGCGCCGGGGACUGCAGGUGGGCCCCCACGGACGGAUGCUUACAAACGCGCGGUGUAUCGCUCCGCCCCUCGCAAUUUCCAUGUCAACAUCCUCUCGCCGAUGAAAUAUGGGGCAAACUACAGCUAUGGGAUGAGAAUAACCCCCAUCAUUAGCGAGCAGCUCUCGACGAAAACCGGAGCGACGACGGAAUACGAGGUGUGGCGGAAAUGGGAGGAUUGCAUGUGGUUCCAGGACGUACUGGAGCUGGAGUACGCCAUUAUGUCCCGGGAGAAGCGGCAGGCGCUCGCGGACGGGAAAGGGGUGAAGAAGACAGACGCGGUCACGGGCCAAAGCAUUUACAUUCGCUCGGACCGAGCAGCGUCCUUCGAGUCGCUCCCGCCUGGACCGGACCCCAGCACGAUCGCCACCGACAUCCACCAGUACCUCCCUCGUCUGUCCAAGAAGGGCACCUUCUUCCGCGCCAGCCAGGCCACGGUCAGCCAGCGCCACUGCGAAUUCAAGGCGCUCAUAGAGGCCCUCUUUUCCGACGAUCUGCCGAGCCUGGUGAAAGAGUUGCGCGCGAGCCGGAUCGUCCGCGACUUCUUCGGGUUCUGGAGAAGGGAUCAUGACCUGGCCCAGAAGCUGGGGAAGGGGCACAAACCGCGGGGCGACCGAAGUUCGAUCGCGAGCAGCGCGUUUUCGAUGUAUUUCUCGCAAUCCAUGACGAACCUGCACAAUCCGUCCUUCAACACCGACAAUGCUCCUCCCGUCCCCGCCCUUCCCUACAGUCCCCUCCGAACCGCGCCUAUAAGCCGGCAUGCCACGAUCCCGAUGCCUACCCCUCCAAGACCAACUUCGCCUGGCGCUGCGGCGGUGGCGGACGCCUGGCGAUCUCGGCAAGUUCCAGCCUCCGCCCCACCAGGCGGUGCAUUCGUUAUCUCGACGACAGAAUCAGACAGGUCGUCGUCUUCGGAAGCAUCCUCGACGAAGUCGUCGGUCAUGCCCGCCACUGCGCUGGCGAGCACGCCGCAACUCACUCAUUUCCAUCCCGCAUCCGCGCCCUACUUCAAGGAAGCAUUCUCCGACCGCGAUGUACAUGCAAAUGAACCCAUCGUGGUCCCGCAGGACAUCGCCAUCGUGUAUCCCAGAGACGACGACCCCGCUCGGCUUCCUGCGUUGCCGGAGGGCAGGCCGCUCGAUGCGCACAUCACGGACAUGUCCCUCAUGGAGGCGCAGAUACGGGUCAGGGACCUCGAAGGGCUACCGGUCCCGCCACCAAGGCGACGCGGGAUUAGUUCGAGCGUUUUGGAGAAUCGGGCGAACAGGAACGGCCUGAUCUUCCUCGAUCCGCCCAUGGGCACGAGUCCGACCGGCACGUUCGGGUAUACCGGCCCGGAUGAGUACAUGUACGCCUCCUCGUACCGCAGCGACGCUGGGAGCGCGAGCGGGAGCAGCCGACGCGCGAGUCGGGACAGCAAACACUCCCGCCUAUCUGGCCCCACCCUGGUGCUGGAGGCGCCGACGAACUCCGAGCAGAAGCUCGUUCGCCUGUCCGCCUCUUCUAUGCACAGACUGUCGAAGUCGUCUUGGGUGGUGGAUGAUGCGGCGUCGCGGGCAUUCGCCAUUUCGCCGCGUCCGAUGUCGAAAGAUUCAUCGUUCAUCGAGGUUGAGUCGCCAGAGAGCAGGGAAUCGUUUGAACUGCCGAUUCAGAUGCAGCAGCUCACUACCGCCCCCGUUGGCGACGAUGCCACUCACGAGCAAUUGCGACGAGCAUCGUCUCCGCAGCUUGACCAGUAUACGCUGAGGCGAUCGCUGUCCGUGGGCUCUCGACGGAGGUCACUCAACGUUAACCGGUCCAUGUACGCCCACGAGGAAGAACAUGUGGAUGGGGAUCUUGACCCCAUGGAGUCGUUGAUAGAUCACUACUACUUCGACAUUCCCCGCCCCCAGAACCCCGAGCCUCCGAGCACGACCACCUCGCCUAUACAAGAGAACACCACAAUGCGAUACCUGCAGCACUUCCCACUACCUCCGAAAACGUACCCCCGUAGACCGCCCGGCACCGCAUCAUCUCUCGCAUCUGUCGCCAGCACGACAUCCUCUCUCUCGCCCUCGUCCGCCGCAGACAACAUCCUCACCAUCAAAGCCGUUCUGGGCGACACCAUUGUCGUCCUACGCAGCCCUCGCAACACCCCUUUCAGUGAAAUCCGCAACUCUGUCGCCGAGAAACUCACCGCGCAGGAAGGCGUUCGGUUAUCCGACACGUUUAUCCUCGGUUACUCCCCACAUGGCGCAGGCACGCUCGGUCCGAGCGCACACAAUGCGACGGCCGAGCUGCGUAUGCGACGCGGGGCGAGCCUCCCUGGACGCAAGCGCGCCAGCUCCACGUCCUCCUCCAACGUGGCCGAUCCUACCCAACUUCUCUACAUCACCUCAGAUCACCAGUGGCAGGAUGCUAUUGCCGACUCUGGUCCCAAGUUAAUACUGCGUGUCAUCGACCUCGCGACUGUACAGUGAUCUUCCC